GACCGUGCAGCCGCCGAAAGGUGAUAGAGCUGUCAAAAAACUGGACUCCGCUCGCUGACGGCUCUAAGUUACCCACCGACUGUCCGGUGAAAAGCAGCCGCAGUCAUGUUUCCUUAGUUGGUCCAGUGUGUGCAGAACCUCCGAGCGUUAUCCACAGCCAAGGUGUUCCCUAGUGCGCAACAGACAUGUCGGAUAAGAUGUCCAGCUUCCUACACAUUGGGGACAUCUGCUCCCUGUAUGCAGAGGGCUCCACCAAUGGUUUCAUCAGCACCCUGGGCUUGGUGGAUGACCGUUGUGUCGUCCAGCCUGACACGGGCGACCUCAAUAACCCUCCUAAGAAGUUCAGAGACUGUCUGUUCAGAUUGUGUCCUAUGAACCGCUAUUCGGCCCAGAAGCAGUUCUGGAAAGCAGCGAAGCCUGGGGGGAACACAGACACGGUGCUGCUCAACAAGCUCCAUCAUGCGGCUGACUUGGAGAAAAAGCAAAAUGACUCUGAAAACAAAAAGCUUCUUGGGACAGUAAUUCAGUAUGGAAAUGUCAUUCAGCUUCUGCACCUGAAAAGCAACAAAUACCUGACGGUGAACAAGCGUCUGCCUGCACUGUUGGAGAAGAAUGCCAUGAGGGUGAUGUUAGACACUGCUGGAAAUGAAGGCUCCUGGUUCUACAUUCAGCCCUUCUACAAGCUGCGCUCCAUUGGAGACAGUGUGGUGAUUGGAGACAAAGUGGUCCUGAACCCUGUGAAUGCUGGUCAGCCUCUCCAUGCCAGCACACACCAACUAGUGGACAAUCCAGGCUGCAAUGAGGUGAACUCAGUCAACUGUAACACCAGCUGGAAGAUUGUCUUAUUUAUGAAAUGGAGCGACAAUCAGGAGAUCAUCCUUAAAGGGGGUGAUGUGGUACGGUUAUUUCAUGCAGAGCAAGAGAAAUUCCUCACCUGUGAUGACCACAGAAAAAAACAAUAUGUGUUCCUUCGCACCACUGGACGGCAGUCGGCUACAUCGGCAACCAGCAGCAAAGCCUUAUGGGAAGUGGAGGUUGUGCAGCAUGAUCCAUGUCGAGGUGGGGCAGGCUACUGGAACAGCCUGUUUAGGUUCAAACACCUGGCUACUGGACAUUACCUGGCUGCUGAGGUGAAUCCAGACUAUGAAGAAGAGGGCCUAGAGUCACGCUCCCCACUGGACUCAGAGCAGGAAGCCUUGCGAGCACGUUUGAGAAAUGCCCAGGAUAAGGUCAUGUACACCUUGGUCUCUGUUCCUGAUGGAAACGACAUCUCCUCCAUAUUUGAGCUCGACCCUACCACCUUGAGAGGAGGAGACUCGCUGGUGCCCAGGAACUCAUAUGUGCGGCUCAGACACUUAUGCACAAACACAUGGGUCCACAGCACAAACCAUCCCAUUGACAAAGAGGAGGAAAAGCCUGUCAUGCUGCGUAUCGGGACCUCUACACUCAAAGAGGACAAAGAGGCAUUUGCCAUCGUGCCCGUCUCCCCAGCUGAAGUGAGAGACCUUGACUUUGCCAACGAUGCCAGUAAAGUGCUGGCCUCUAUCGCUGGAAAGCUGGAAAAAGGCACCAUCACACAGAAUGAGAGGAGAGCGGUUACCAAACUUCUGGAGGAUCUGGUGUUCUUCGUGGUGGACAUCCCCAACAAUGGACAGGACGUUCUAGAGAUCAUGGUCAACAAACCCAACAGGGAGAGGCAGAAACUCAUGAGAGAGCAGAAUAUCCUCAAGCAGAUCUUUAAGCUGCUGCAGGCUCCCUUCACAGACAGUGGCGACGGACCCAUGCUACGACUGGAGGAGCUGGCUGACCAGCGCCAUGCCCCCUUCAGACACAUCUGCCGCCUGUGUUACCGGGUCUUACGCCAUUCCCAGCAGGACUACCGCAAGAACCAGGAGUAUAUAGCCAAACAGUUCCGCUUCAUGCAGAAGCAGAUUGGCUAUGAUGUCUUAGCUGAGGACACAAUCACAGCUCUCCUGCAUAACAACCGCAAGCUGCUGGAGAAACAUAUCACUGCUGCUGAGAUUGACACCUUUGUUAGCCUGGUCCGCAAGAACCGUGAACCCAGGUUUCUGGACUACCUGUCAGACCUGUGUGUUUCAAUGAACAAGUCCAUCCCUGUGACACAGGAGCUCAUCUGUAACGCAGUGCUGGACCCCGCUAAUGGAGACAUCCUCAUCGAGACAAAACUAGUGCUAUCAAGAUUUGAAAUUGAGGGUGUGUCCCUUGGGGAAAACUCUGUGGAGUCUGAGGAGGAUGAAGAAGAGGUGUGGCUGUUCUGGAAGGACAGCAAUAAGGAGAUCCGCAGUAAAAGCAUCAGGGAGCUGGCCCAGGAUGCUAAGGAAGGCCAGAAGGAGGACCAGGAGGUGAUCAGUUACUACAGGUACCAGCUGAAUUUAUUUGCCAGAAUGUGUUUGGACCGCCAGUAUCUGGCAAUCAACAAAAUUUCUGGGCAGCUGGAUGUGGACCUAAUCUUGCGCUGCAUGUCAGAUGAAGACCUGCCCUACGACCUGCGAGCCUCCUUCUGCCGCAUGAUGCUGCAUAUGCAUGUGGAUCGUGACCCCCAGGAACAGGUCACGCCUGUCAAAUAUGCCCGACUCUGGUCUGAGAUUCCCUCAGAGAUUGCUAUUGACGACUAUGACAAUGACGGGACAUCUAAAGACGAGAUAAAGGAACGUUUCUCUCAGACCAUGGAGUUUGUAGAGAACUACCUGAGAGAUGUUGUCUGUCAGAGCUUCCCUUUUGCAGACAAAGAGAAGAACAAGCUUACCUUUGAGGUGGUGAAUCUGGCCAGAAACUUGAUAUAUUUUGGUUUCUACAACUUCAGUGACCUGUUAAGACUGACAAAGAUCCUGCUGGCUAUUCUAGACUGUGUCCAUGUGAGCACAAUUUUCCCCUUCAACAAGCUGGACAAAGGCGAUGAAAGUAAAGGCAGUAAUGUGAUGAGGUCUAUUCAUGGGGUUGGGGAGCUCAUGACCCAAGUAGUCUUAAGAGGAGGGGGCUUCCUUCCCACCACACCCAUUAAUGCCCCUGAUGGAGAUGCUGUGAAGACUCAGACUGAGCCAGAAAAACAGGAUAUCCUGGUCAUGGACACCAAGCUCAAGAUCAUCGAGAUUCUACAGUUCAUCCUGAAUGUGCGUCUGGACUACAGGAUCUCCUGCCUGCUUUGUAUCUUUAAGAGGGAGUUUGAUGAGAGUAAUUCCCAGACUGACUUGUCUGUAGCUGGGACAUCAGAAGGGCCAAACAACAUGCCAGGGGCACUGGAUUUCGAGCACAUAGAAGAGCAGGCUGAGGGGAUAUUUGGUGGAAGUGAAGAAAACACCCCACUGGACCUGGACGACCAUGGUGGCCGUACCUUCUUGAGGGUCCUUCUCCACUUAACCAUGCAUGACUAUCCUCCGCUGGUGUCCAGAGCCCUCCACCUUCUCUUCAGGCAUUUCAGCCAAAGACAGGAGGUCCUGCAGGCCUUCAAGCAGGUCCAGCUGCUGGUCACCAGCCAAGAUGUAGAAAACUAUAAGCAGAUAAAGUCAGACCUGGACCAGCUGCGCUCUAUCGUGGAGAAAUCUGAGCUCUGGGUGUACAAGAGACAGGGUCCAGAUGAGGGCAUCGAUGCAGGAGAAGGUCUCUCCACCGAGCCAGAACAUAAGAAGGGUGAUUCAGGUGGUUCAGACAAACCAAAGAAACCAGAAAGCACCAGCAGUUACAACUACAGAGUGGUGAAGGAGAUCCUGUUGCGACUUAGCAGGUUGUGUGUCCAAGAAGGUCUGUCAGGUAGGAAGAGUAAGAAGCAACAGCAAAGGCUGCUGAGGAACAUGGGGGCUCAUGCUGUGGUCCUUGAGCUCCUACAGAUACCUUAUGAGAAGGGGGAAGAUGUACGCAUGCAGGACAUCAUGAAGCUAGCCCAUCAGUUCCUGCAGAACUUUUGUGCAGGAAACCAGCAGAACCAAGCCCUGCUCCACAAGCAUAUCAAUCUUUUCCUCAAUCCAGGGAUUUUAGAAGCAAUCACCAUGCAACACAUCUUCAUGAACAACUUCCAGCUGUGCAGUGAGAUCAAUGAGCGUGUGGUUCAGCACUUUGUCCACUGCAUCGAAACACAUGGCCGCAACGUCCAAUAUCUUAAGUUCCUACAGACGAUUGUCAAAGCAGAGAACAAGUUCAUCAAGAAGUGUCAAGACAUUGUCAUGGCUGAGCUGGUAAAUGCUGGUGAAGAUGUCUUGGUGUUCUACAAUGAUCGCGCAUCUUUCCAGACACUGGUCCAGAUGAUGCGUUCAGAGCGGGACCGUAUGGAUGAAAACAGUCCUCUGAUGUACCACAUUCACCUAGUGGAGCUCUUGGCUGUCUGCACUGAAGGCAAGAACGUCUACACAGAGAUCAAGUGUAAUUCCCUGCUGCCACUGGAUGACAUAGUACGGGUGGUCACCCAUGAGGACUGCAUCCCUGAGGUGAAGAUUGCCUACAUCAAUUUCCUGAACCACUGCUAUGUGGACACUGAGGUGGAGAUGAAGGAGAUCUACACCUCCAACCACAUGUGGAAGCUCUUUGAGAACUUCCUGGUGGACAUUUGCAGAGUGUGCAACAACACAAGUGACCGUAAACAUGCAGACACCAUUCUGGAGCGCUAUGUGACGGAGACAGUCAUGAGCAUUGUAACCACUUUCUUUAGCUCACCCUUCUCUGACCAGAGCACCAGCCUGCAGGCUUCUCUUUUGGGGAAGUUAAUUAAGACCAGGCAGCCCGUCUUUGUGCAGCUGUUGCAGGCAGUGUUCAGGGUCUACCACUGUAACUGGUUGGUCCCAGUCCAGAAGGGCUCAGUUGAGAGCUGUAUCAAAGUGCUCUCUGAUGUCGCCAAAGGCAGAGCAAUCGCCAUUCCUGUGGACCUGGACAACCAGGUGAACAACCUUUUUGUGAAAUCAAACAACAUUGUCCAGAAGACAGCCAUGAGCUGGAGACUGUCUGCUCGCAAUGCUAGCCGCAGAGACUCUGUGCAGACGGCAUCACGGGAUUAUAGGAACAUCAUUGAGAGACUUCAGGACAUUGUGUCAGCGCUUGAGGACCGGCUGCGACCAUUGGUCCAGGCUGAGUUGUCGGUUCUGGUGGACGUGCUGCAUCGGCCUGAGCUGCUCUUCCCUGAGAACACAGACUCACGCAGGAAGUGUGAGAGUGGAGGCUUCAUAUGCAAGCUGAUCAAACAUACCAAGCAGCUACUGGAGGAAAAUGAGGAGAGACUGUGCAUCAAAGUCCUGCAAACGCUACGAGAGAUGAUGACAAAAGACCGUGGCUAUGGAGAGAAGCUCAGGGCCUUUGAUGAUGAGAUGGAUAUGCCUAAGGAGCUGGAUCAGAACCAGCCCGAGAAGAUAUUGGAAGACCAGAAGAGGGGUGAGGCACUCAGACAGAUUCUGGUAAGCCGUUACUAUGGCAACUUCCACCGGAGUAGUGGGCGGAGAGACAGCCUGACUGCAUUUAGCAAUGGCCCCCUCAGUCCUGUUGGACCCAGCAAAAGCCAAUCAGGAUUAGGGGGGCCUGGGGGCCUGAGUCGUGGGGAGAUGAGCUUGGCAGAAGUCCAAUGUCACCUGGACAAAGAGGGAGCCUCUGACCUGGUGAUAGACCUCAUCAUGAACACCACCAGUGACAGAGUCUUCCAAGAAAGCAUCCUCCUGGCUAUUGCACUGUUGGAAGGCGGAAACACCACAAUCCAGCGUUCAUUCUAUUGCCGUCUGACAGAGGACAAAAAAUCGGAGAAGUUCUUCCGGGUCUUCUAUGAUCGUAUGAAGCUCGCCCAGCUGGAGAUCAAAGCCACGGUGACGGUCAACACCAGUGACCUGGGCAACAGGAAGAGAGAUGAUGACAACCAGGACAAGGACAUGCCCGUCCGCAAGAAAGCCAGAGACUCUGCAGUGGUCAUGACAGAGGAUGUGAGAGAGCAGCUACUAGAGGCCUCCUCUGCCACCAAGAAAGCGUUCAACUCUUACCGGCGUGAAGCAGACCCUGAGGACCACUUCUCCUCAGCCGAUGGGCAGCCCAGCAGUGGGGACAAGAACCAGGAUGAAGGGGAGAUGAGUUUUAUAAUCAUCAUUAUGCAGCCCAUCCUCCGCUUCCUCCAGCUGCUUUGUGAGAAUCAUAACCGUGACCUACAGAACUUCUUGCGCUGCCAGAACAAUAAGAACAACUACAACCUGGUGUGCGAGACCCUGCAGUUUUUAGAUUGUAUCUGUGGCAGCACCACAGGAGGUCUAGGUCUACUGGGGCUGUACAUCAAUGAGAAGAAUGUGGCCCUCAUCAACCAGACUGUGGAAAGUCUGACGGAGUACUGCCAAGGGCCCUGUCAUGAGAACCAGAAUUGCAUUGCCACUCAUGAGUCCAAUGGCAUCGACAUCAUUAUCGCCUUAAUCCUUAAUGACAUCAACCCGCUUGGGAAAAAACGCAUGGACCUGGUGUUGGAGCUUAAGAACAACGCAUCCAAGCUUUUGCUAGCCAUCAUGGAGAGUCGUCAUGACAGUGAGAACGCGGAGAGGAUUCUGUACAACAUGAGGCCUAAGGAGCUAGUGGAGGUGAUAAAGAAAGCCUAUCUACAGGGAGAGAUAGAGUUUGAGGAUACAGAGGAGGAGGAUGAUAAUGGAGAGGAGGAGGAACAUGAUGCUGCUUCCCCCCGAAAUGUUGGACACAACAUUUACAUUUUGGCUCACCAGUUGGCACGCCAUAACAAGGAGCUGUCAAUAAUGUUAAAGCCAGGAGGGACCAAUGGAGAGGGAGAUGAAGCCCUGGAGUUCUAUGCCAAACACACGGCCCAGAUAGAGAUUGUGCGUCAGGACCGCACUAUGGAGGAGAUUGUGUUCCCUGUGCCCAACAUCUGUGAGUUCCUGACCUCAGAGUCCAAGCUGCGUGUCUACUACACCACUGAAAGAGACGAGCAAGGCAGCAAGAUCAACGACUUCUUCCUACGAGCAGAAGACCUCUUCAACGAGAUGAAUUGGCAGAAGAAACUCAGAGCUCAGCCAGUCUUGUACUGGUGCUCCAGAAACAUGUCAGUGUGGAGUAACGUUUCCUUCAACCUGGCUGUGCUCAUGAACCUGCUGGUCUGCUUCUUCUACCCUCUGGAGGGGGUUCAUGGAGGUAUGCUGGAUCCCCACCUGUCUGCCCUCCUGUGGAUGGGUGUGCUGGCAGCACUGGGCAUUGUGAUUGUUAUGCCACAGCCGCUGGGCAUCCGUGCCCUCGUCAUUGUCACCAUCCUUCGUCUCAUCUUCUCUGUUGGCCUGGAGCCUACUCUCUUCCUUUUGGGUGCCUUCAACGUGUGUAAUAAGAUCAUCUUCCUGAUGAGUUUUGUGGGGAACCGAGGAACAUUCACACGGGGCUACAAAGCCAUGGUGAUGGACUUUGAGUUCCUCUACCACCUCCUCUACCUCAUUAUCUGCUCCCUGGGGGUGUUUGUCCACGUCUUCUUCUACAGUCUGUUGCUUUUUGACCUGGUAUACAGGGAGGAGACCUUGCUGAAUGUAAUCAAGAGUGUGACACGUAACGGACGCUCCAUUGUGCUCACUGCUGUGCUGGCUCUCAUCUUGGUCUACCUGUUCUCCAUCGUUGGCUACAUCUUCUUCAAAGAUGACUUCAUCCUGGAGGUCGACCGCAUCCCCAACACGACCCUGAAAAGUGGAGCCAGUCUGGCCAGUGAGCUCCUGUCUGCAGGAGUGUGUCGGGAAGGGAAAGAGGAGAACUGCUCCACAGAGGCCCUGCAGGAAGAAUUUGGCGAUGACAAUGAGGAGGACAGUGACAUGGAGCGGACAUGUGACUCUCUGCUCAUGUGUAUUGUUACUGUAUUGAGUCACGGCUUGAGGAGUGGUGGGGGUGUUGGAGAUGUGCUCCGCAAGCCAUCCAAAGAGGAGCCUCUUUUUGCUGCCAGAGUGAUAUAUGACCUGCUGUUCUUCUUCAUGGUCAUCAUCAUUGUCCUCAACCUCAUCUUUGGUGUCAUCAUUGACACCUUUGCUGACCUGAGAAGUGAAAAACAGAAAAAAGAAGAAGUCCUGAAGACAACCUGCUUCAUCUGUGGCCUGGAACGGGACAAGUUUGACAACAAGACUGUGACAUUUGAGGAGCACAUUAAAGAAGAGCACAACAUGUGGCACUACCUGUUCUUUAUUGUCCUGGUAAAAGUGAAGGACUCCACUGAAUACACGGGCCCUGAGAGCUACGUAGCUGAGAUGAUCAAGGAGCACAACCUGGAUUGGUUUCCACGAAUGCGAGCCAUGUCAUUGGUGAGCAGUGACGCAGAAGGUGAACAGAACGAGAUCAGGAACCUACAGGAGAAGCUGGAGUCGACCAUGAGGCUGGUAGCCAAUUUGUCUGGACAGCUGACAGAGCUCAAGGAGCAGAUGACUGAGCAGAGGAAGCAGAAGCAGCGGAUCGGUCUACUUGGCCACCCCCCUCAUAUGAACAUCAACCCCCAACAGCCUGCCUGAGGACCCCCAGGACCAAGGGCUGGUGUUAAUAGUGCCUGAGCACUCCUGACAGUCUACACACGUUAGACAGGAGGAUGCCAAAAUGUGUAUACAGAGUGUAUUUAGUGUGAUGUCUGACUGUAUACUUCACUAGGCACUCGUACAGAAAGUGUUUAUGGAGCUUGCGUGCCUCUGAUGGAGUUUUUGUGCAAAGUGAACAUUGUUGUGUCUGAGUACGUUAGUCGUGGUCUUUGGUGUGGAUGUGUCGGUGUGGGUGAAGUGUGCAACAAGUGCCUCAAGACAUGAGAAACCUGUCCUGUAGGUUCAGGUGAUGAGAAAAUACGGACAUAAGCAUUGCCGCUCUCCAUGCCUUCUCCAAUGUACCACUCUGAAAGCAUGCCAAAGUUCAGCCAUUGAACCUGAGGGUGUAUUCCUCUCAAGUGACCUUGUACAGAGGCUUAAAGUCUCUCUGUUGCACCAGCAAACUCAGGUCACUUUGGGUUUGAAGGAUUGUUUGAAAUCUGUUGGGAAAACAUUAUUUAAUGUUUUUGUUUUGACUGACAGCAGUGGGAAUGCUUCAUGAUAUGCAAUGUCUGAAACAGAACGACUUAUUUUUGAAAUGUUGUGUUUUUAUAUUUGAAGUUAUACAAUGCUAUAUUUAAAAUAUGAUGGAGAGAAGUUAUUUCUUUGAACUGUCCUGAAGGAUUCACCAUAUUUUUCCAUAUUUCUAAAUACUAUAUAAUAACACAUGGAGUGUGGUAUUGUUUUUUUUUUAACAAUUUCUACCUGAGGGCAUGUUCUCAUAAUUUUACUUUCAUAAUUCUUUGUUCUCUCAAAUUAAGGUUGUAACCAUUCCAGGACACUUAAGAUAGAGGCCCUUAUGAACAUAAUUUUGAGUAAAGAGAGAUGCGAAACCACUGAAUUUUGUAAUCAAGUCGAAUAAUGUGCACCAGUUGGGCCUCUUCCUCCAGAUGUUAUAUUGAGUUGUGACAUUUACAUGAACCUAGUGGGAGCUGGGAGCAAAUUAUGCGAUUGCUUCACUUGGAGGUCAAUGUGUUGCUUUAUAGGAGUGGUAUGGCGUCACAUUGGAAGGACAGAAAUUAAUUUAAAGGAUUUGGGAAGCGAAGUUAAAACUGAUUUGAAGUUAAGGUAUCCUUUUGUUUGAUGUUUCUGCACUGAAUUAUUUAAUCUUAUCUUAAUUCUAUUUAGUCCAUCAGCACUGACAUUAAAUCUUUCUGUAGCACAUAAAUGAAUGUUACCCUCUGUCUAACAGUCACUUUGCAAAAGAUAAUGAGAAUGACUAUAUGGUUUGCAUUCAUGUAUUUAAAAAAAAAAAAAAAGAAAAAGAAAAAAGAUCAAAGCAAAAACACCGAGAACUUACACAAGUUAUUUUGAGUGCUGCUUGACCA